AUGUUUAAUCCACACGUGUUAGAUUCUCCGGCCGUGAUUUUCGACAAUGGCUCCGGCCUCUGCAAGGCAGGCCUGUCUGGGGAGAUUGGCCCCCGCCACGUCAUCAGCUCCGUCGUGGGGCACCCCAAGUUCAAGACCCCUUCGGCAGGACCCAACCAGAAGAAGGACUUUGUGGGGGAAGAGGCUUUGCACAAGCGUGAGGUCCUGCACCUGUGUCACCCCAUCGAGCGGGGCCUGGUCACCAGCUGGGAGGACGUGGAGACCCUCUGCAGGCAUCUGUUUGAGUGGGAGCUGGGGGUGAAGGCCAGCGACCGGCCCGUGCUCAUGACCGAGCCCUCGCUGAACCCCAGGGAGGCCCGGGAGAAGAUGGCCGAGCUGAUGUUCGAGAAGUUCAACGUGCCCGCCUUCUACCUGUCGGACCAGGCGGUGCUGGCCCUCUACGCCUCAGCCUGCAUCACGGGCCUGGUGGUGGACAGCGGGGACGGGGUCACGUGCACCGUCCCCAUCUUCGAGGGGUACUCCUUGCCCCACGCGGUCACCAAGCUCUACGUGGCGGGCAGGGACAUCACAGAGCACCUCACCCGGCUGCUGCUGGCUGGCGGGCGGACCUUCCCGUGCGCGCUGGACAAAGUCCUCGUGGACGACAUCAAGGAGAAGCUGUGUUAUGUGGCUCCGGAGCCAGAGAAGGAGCUCUCCCGGAGGCCGGAGGAGAUCCUGAGGGAGUACAAGUUGCCGGACGGGAACAUCAUGCAAAUCGGGGACCAGCUGUACCAGGCGCCCGAGGCCCUGUUCGCACCCGACCAGCUGGGCAUCCAAAACCCGGGCCUCUCGAAAAUGGUCUCCUGCAGCAUCACCAAGUGUGACGCCGACAUCCAGAAGAGCCUCUUUGGGGAGAUCGUUCUGUCGGGGGGCACCACCCUGUUCCAGGGCCUCGACGACCGUCUCCUCAAGGAGCUAGAGCAGCUGGCUUCCAAAGGGACCCCCAUCAAGAUCACGGCCCCCCCCGACAGGUGGUUCUCCACGUGGAUUGGGGCCUCCAUCGUCACCUCCCUGAGCAGCUUCAAGCAGAUGUGGGUCACCUCCGCGGAUUUCAAGGAGUUUGGGACAUCCGUGGUCCAAAGAAGGUGCUUCUGA